AUAAAAAUGGGAAUGCUUCAUCCUUUACUGCAUGACGGGAGAAUUUUAUUAUCAUUACUUUUUUUAAUUCUUUUAUUUAAUAAUGAUUUAACUCACAUAUAAAAUUAAACUUAAGAGAAAAAUAGCAUGAAACGCAAUCCAAUCCACAGCAUAAACUACAAUAAAUCCGGAAUAGCUAAAAAGAAAUAUAAAAAAAAAAGGAAUAUCUAAGCUUCUCUCUUCUCCCCAUAAUGAAAAAAUAAAAUAGCCCAUCGGUGAAUAAAAGAAUUAUCCUGAUGGUAAAUAAGACCCUUUACAAAACCAAAACCAAAACCCAUGCUAGAAUUGAAAGCUCACGAGCAUAAUAUAAUAAAUCAAGAAACGAACAGAGCGGGUGAUACGUGGUCACGAAAAAACCUGCACUCCUAUUCCCUUGCUGUCACCACACACAAUCCAUACGUAAAAGUUUCUUGAAUUUUUCUGCAUUUAACGUUUCACAAUUCCUAAUCAAAAUCGAAAUCUGUUCAUUUCUGGUAGAAGAAAUUCGCAAGCGGAAGAAGAAAAAUGAGUACAGGAGACUCGGCAGAACUCGAAGGAAACCUAACGCUGAGUGAUCGGUUAAAGGUUUUCAAAGGCUCUAGCUUUGAUCCUGAGGCUUACGUUAUCUCCAAAUGCCAGACUAUGAACGAGAAGGAAAUAAGGCACUUGUGUUCUCACCUUAUCGAGUUGAAAAAAGCGUCUGCUGAGGAAAUGCGCAGAAGUGUUUACGCUAAUUACACUGCUUUCAUUCGCACAUCAAGGGAGAUUUUAGCUCUCGAGGGACAUCUUCUUUCCAUGAGGAAUCUCCUAUCUACUCAGGCAGCUCUAGUUCAUGGUUUAGAAGAACGUGUUCGGAUUGAUUCAUUGUGGGCUAAUUCUGAAGACUCACUUGCAGAGGACCUAUCUAACUUUGAGAAUAGAGAACUUCCCAAAACAGAAGAUUGGUUACCAGAAUUCUUGGAGACCCUUGAUGUUUUAUUGGCUGAAAGGAGAGUCGACGAAGCUAUGGCGGCCCUUGACAAGGGAGAAAUUUUAGCCAGAGAUGCUGCUAGGAAGCGCACAUUGAGUCCAGCUGCACUCUUUAAAUUACGGACUGCAAUUACAGAACAAAGACAACGAUUAGCGGACCAGAUUGCAGAUACCAUUAUCCAACCUUCAACACGUGGAGUAGAGCUCCAUUCUUCUGUUUUAGCUCUGAAAAAACUUGGAGAUGGUUCCCGUGCUCAUACAUUGCUACUCAAUUCUCAUCACCAGAAGCUGCAGUCUAGCAUGAAGAGUCUUCGCUCAUCCAAUGCAACAGUAUAUACUGCUGCAAUUUCACAGCUUGUCUUCUCAACCAUUGCACAAGCUGCGAGUGAUUCCUUGUCAGUUUUUGGUGAGGAGCCUGCAUAUUCGUCUGAGCUUGUGACUUGGGCUGUCAAACAGACUCAGGUUUUCGCUCUUCUUCUUAAGAGGCAUGUUCUAGCUUCAUCAGCAGUUGCAUGGGGGCUAAGGGUUGCUGCUGAGUGCAUUCAGAUAUGCUUGGGUCACUGUUCUUUGUUAGAAGCUCGUGGACUGGCCCUUUCUCCUGUUUUACUGAGACUUUUUAGGUCUAGUGUUGAGCAGGCACUAAGUGCCAAUUUAAAAAGAAUUGAACAGAUUAGUGCUGCAUUAGCUGCUGCAGAUGACUGGUUGCUUGCUUAUACACCAGUUGGUGGGCGUCUUUUAUCUUCUACUUCAUCCUUUGCUAAUGCAGCAGGGUCACAGCCAAAGCUUUCAAACAGUGCAAACCGAUUCAACUCAAUGGUUCAGGAAAUUCUAGAAGAUGUAGCGCCACUUGAGAUCCUUCAGUUGGAUGGUCCUGCACUCGAAGGUAUUCUACAAGUGUUCAGUGCCUAUGUAAACUUGCUGAUCCGUGCAUUACCGGGUUCAAUGGAGAAUGAAGACAACAUGGAAGCUUCUGGUAGUAAAAUUGUGAGGAUGGCAGAAACUGAAAGCCAGCAGAUAGCUUUACUAGCAAAUGCAUCAUUAUUAGCAGAUGAGCUGCUCCCGCGUUCUGCCAUGAGGCUUUUGCCAUUGCCUACUAGAUUAGAUGAACAACCAAGAAGAGCUUCAGGUAGGCAAUCUCGUCUUCCGGAUCAAAGGGAAUGGAAGAAGAAACUUCAACGCUCAGUUGACCGCUUGCGAGAUAGCUUCUGCAGACAACAUGCUCUUGAGCUCAUCUUCACUGAAGAUGGUGAAAUCCGUCUAAAUGCAGUUAUAUACACAAGUAUGGAUGACCAAGCAGAGGAGCCUGAAUGGUUCCCAUCUUCAAUUGUUCAGGAACUAUUCAUAAAGUUGUCUCGGGUGGCCAACAUAGCAACUGAAAUGUUUGUAGGUAGGGAAAGGUUUGCAACAAUUCUAUUGAUGAGACUCACGGAGACAGUGAUUCUUUGGCUUUCUGAUGAUCAAACUUUCUGGGAAGAAGUGGAGGGACAAAAGCCUUUGGGUCCUCUUGGCCUCCAACAGUUUUACUUGGAUAUGCAAUUUGUGUUGCUCUUUGCGUCUCAAGGCCGCUACUUGUCUAGGAAUCUACAUCAAGUUAUCAAAAACAUCAUAGCAAGAGCGAUUGAUGUGGUUUCUGCUACUGGAGUGGAUCCUUACAGUGCAUUGCCGGAGGAUGACUGGUUUGCAGAAGUUGCUCAAAUAGCCAUCAAAAUGUUGAGUGGGAAAGCAAACUUUGGGAACAUAGAUAGAGAUGUUAGCAGCCCCACUGCAUCGUCAGUCCUAUCACAUGGAAGUAACUAGUGUUCAGUCAUUCAUGGAUGCGAGCCUAUUGGGUAGGUGAAGAUGCACCACUUUGCUAUGUUCCACGUUCUUGAUUCUUUCAGACAGAUUAGAUCAUCAGUAUGUGCAAUUUCUUCCUAGCUAGCUAGCCCCUAUCACAUACAUAUAUGCAUUACUGAUAAAUCUAUUUCCAUAAUUUCUUA